UAUGAUUUGAUGCUUAAAAACAUGCGCCUGUAGCAGCUGUGAGCACAGUGGAUCUGUGUGUGUCCGCCUCACGGGUUGUUUUCAGGGUGGAAGGGAAGGAUCUUACAUAAGAAACAUCUGCAAACAUUUACCCAAGCCUGAGAGAAGAUGGAUAAGUAUGAGAAAAUUGGGAAAAUCGGAGAAGGCUCCUACGGCGUUGUUUUCAAGUGCAGGAAUCGAGACACGGGACAGAUCGUGGCCAUCAAGAAGUUUGUGGAGUCUGAGGACGACCCCAUCAUCAAAAAGAUUGCACUGAGGGAGAUCAGGAUGCUCAAGCAACUGAAACACGUCAACCUGGUGAAUCUGAUUGAAGUGUUUCGGCGUAAACGGAGGCUACACUUGGUGUUUGAAUACUGUGAACACACGGUGCUGAACGAGCUGGACCGCCAUCCCAGAGGCGUCCCGGAGCAUCUGGUCAAGAGCAUCACCUGGCAGACGCUUCAAGCCGCCAACUUCUGUCACAAACAAAAUUGCAUUCACAGAGACGUGAAGCCGGAGAACAUCCUCAUCACCAAACACCAGGUCAUCAAGCUCUGUGACUUCGGCUUUGCCAGGAUUCUCACGGGCCCGUGUGAUUACUACACCGACUACGUGGCGACUCGCUGGUAUCGGGCCCCCGAGCUGCUGGUGGGUGACACUCAGUACGGCCCACCUGUUGACGUUUGGGCGAUUGGAUGCGUGUUUGCCGAGCUGCUGUCAGGAGUUCCUCUGUGGCCCGGGAAGUCGGACAUGGACCAGCUGUACCUGAUCAGAAAGACUCUUGGAGAUCUGAUCCCUCGGCAUCAGCAGGUCUUCAGCAACAACCAAUUCUUCUGUGGACUUUCAAUCCCAGAACCACAGGAGAUGGAAUCUUUGGAGCAUAAAUAUUCAAACCUGUCACAUCAGACUCUGAGCCUCAUGAAGAGCUGUUUGAGAAUGGACCCGUCUGAGCGGCUGACCUGUGAACAGCUCCUGCAGCAUCCCUACUUCGACAGCCUGAGAGAGAAGUGCGAGAGCACGUCUCGAGAGCAGAACCGGCCCAACUACAAGAGGAUGCAUUUACCUCGCAGACACCUUCCUCCCGGGUAUUUGCCGCAGCUGACCAGCAGCAGUAUCUUUCCAGCUCUGGACAACAGGAAGUACUACAACAACCUGCGUAAAUUCAACUACCACCUUCCAAACAUCUGAUCCGAACUCAGCCUCCCUUUUCUGAACAAAUGAAGCAGGAACUUAAACCCCCACUUUAGUUUUGUAACUCGUUCAAACCAAAAGGUUGAAGCCCCUUUCCUUCCUGUUGAUGGUGCCGUCCUGUUCUAAUGUCGGUCUAUGCACUAUAACAUCUAAACCUGGACGAGUGGGUUCCUGUGUUUCACAGCGUUACAAGCCGAUAUGUCUUAGGAGUGUCAUGACGAGGAGCAACGCUCUGCUCUGCUUGUGGUUACAGAGUAGACUGAAGGUAACACUUACUGCCUUGCCUGGUUUGCCAAAUGUGUUUUUAUAUAACGAUAGACUCUGUUAAGGUGACAUGUUUUUAGUAGAAACUUUAAUGUUUUGUUAAAUUAUGUAGGAUACAAACUUUUAACGGCUCAUGAGCAUUUUUGAAAAUAAUAUUUAUUGAUAUGACUGCAUUAUUCCACUCAUUUCACCCACCGUUACUCGCGUUUGUCAGCAGUAAUAAUAAUAAUCACAUGUUGUCUGAAUCUGGAACUUUGGUGCAAAGGAUGUCCUCAAACUUCUGUUGGCCUUCAAAAAAUUGCCAAACUUAUAUAAAUAAGAAAAGAUUUAAGUCCUAAACAUUUUCACACACGGUUCUAUGUACGCUCAUUAUGGAAUAACUUUAAAUAAAAGAGAAAAUGUCAAAGA